UAUCGUCUUCAUAAAAGGUCAACAAACCAUGACAUAAUGAAACAAUCCGAUGACGACAAUGUCGAUUGUGAUGUAUGUGUAACCUGGAUAGAGCAUAAUGAUAAAGCAAUCAAGGCCAGAAACGAAUAUCAAAAUGACUUAGAAAAAGCUAAUACUUCUUCUGAUAUUUUUGUAGCUGCUGAUUUACAAAAGGUACGGUAUAUAAUCUUAAUUUUCAGUUAAUCUCUAAUAUCAGAUUUAUUUUAGGUAAUUAUGUUGCCUAGGAUGGACACAUUCAAGGAAAUCAUUUUCACUCCUCGGAUAAUUGCAUUUAACCAAAGUUUCGUUCCAUUAGGAACUAGGAGCAAGCAAUAUCCAUUUGCUGUUGUAUGGCAUGAAGCCAUCUCAGGGCGAUCUAAGGAAGAUAUUGUCUCGGCAUUUUAUGCCUUUCUGUUAGCUAAUAGGGAUACCACAAAUAUCACAAUCUGGUUAGACAACUGCUCCAGCCAGAACAAGAACUGGACAUUGAUUUAUUUUUUAAUAUUCAUUGUAAAUUCGUCAGUAAUAGCUGCCGAAAGUGUAAUUUUGAAGUAUUUUCAGUCAGGGCACACAUUCAUGGCGGCAGAUUCGUUCCACCACCAAGUAGAAAUGUCACUUAUAAGAAUGAAGAAAGUUUAUGAUUUCAACGAUUUUAUACAAGCAGUUUCAAAUGCCAAUUCUUCUAAAGUUAAUGUACAUUCAAUGAAAAUUGGAGACUUUUUUAAAUUCACUGAUUAUAUAUCAAAACACAAGUUGAAAAAUAUGAACCCACGUGUUUAUUUAAAGGAUAUUGUAUCCUUGAAAUUUGAGAGGGGUAAAAAAAUUUUAUCGUAUAAAACUAACUUCGAAUCUGCAUAUACAGAUUUUAUAAAUCUUUUUUGA